CUUAAUCUUAAAUUAACUCCUUUAAUUAUUUUGCGAUCUAUAAAGACAUCAACAAGGUUACUCCAAGAAACGAUUUUUAAGCUGGUUAGCUGCUUUGUAGUAGUGAAAAUGUCAAAAAAAAAAAUUGUAUACAUUGAGCGAUUAAUAAUUGCCGUAAUGUUAUGAAAUUUGUGGCGGUAUGCCAAUAUUAGUUUACAAUUAAUUAUUUUUGCUCGUAUUUCUUCUUCUUUUAGAUUUAGUAGGUGCACCAGCUGUGUCCAUUUGCGUUAAUACCAGGUGUGCCGCAUUUUAUUUAUGCGUAGAACCACUUAGGCUCGCAUGGAUUAGGGAAAACCUAUCAUUAAAACGGGAUUAAAGAAAUUACAGAAAUGAAAUGUGUUAAUGUAUUUGCUCCCCCGUAACUGCUACCUGUAACACAUUUUUGUGUUUCAGGUAUGCAGUCAUAAAAACAGCGGAAUGAGAGAAAUGACUUGACUAUCUGUUACAUAUAAAUAAGACAUGGGCGCUGAGAAACAGUAUCAGUUUUUAAAAGACUAUCCUACCGACAAGAGCGUCUCUGCAAUCAGCAUUGUAAAACAUCUGAUCAGUAUGUCAGCACUAACCUGCACACAGUUUCUGAACCUGAAUUUAAAGGAUGUUUCGUCAAUGUCCACCACCGUCACAUUAAAUGCAGCCUGCUUUGGACGGCGCGACUUGAACUUAUUUAUUGAGAGUCUAGAAACCAUAUCUCGCUUGGAGAAGGAGAGACACGAGAGAUGCCAGCUUCACCGCGAGCAAAGACUACAUCAGGUGCGAAAGACAGCGUUGGCGGAUAACCGAUGCUCCAGUCCGACACCCACAGCCGAGGAAGCCGUAGACGAGCCGCUCUUAUAUCUGGAGUCCAAGUGCAUACCUUAUGCUGUUUCUGACCAUAUGGUUGCACAGAGCGACCGCACACCUUGUCCCGAAUACCAUAUGUGUGACGACGAAGCGUACCGAAAUGUUUCAUAUUCAGCGCGCAGCAGCGUUACCUACUGUAGCUGAGGUGAAAUCUCCACCCUGGAUUCAGACCUCGGAGAGUCCGAAGUUAAGAGGGUACCAAUUGUGCAUGCGACCUCCCAGGCUAUAACGCAGAAUACAUAUAGUUCAACGCGAUCCCGCAUAAUUAACUUUGUGUUAAAGAGAAAUAGGGCUAAGCCCACUUUCGCGGAGCAUCUGCAGCGACAUGAACAGUGCGACACGUUAUCUAGCGAGAACAUAAGUCACGAGUUCUCACGGCUUACUACUAGUCAAAAAAGGUCACCUGAGUAUAGUUUUCUGGAUAAAGCUCUUCGAUAUCUUACAUUAUAAAAUGCUUCUCUAUGCAAACAUUAUGUUGUAGGUUUGUUUAUAAAACAUUUGAUACUAUUAAAGUUAAUUGACACAAGCUUUAAAAUCAUUAUAACAUUACACUAACAAGUCGUACGGGAUAUAAUUAUGGUAAAAGUUAUUGGCUUAUAAACGAAUCCAGCUGGCAAGCUAUAGAUUUGUAGGUCGCGAACAGUGGCUAGCAAUGAACUUUCAGAUCUCUGCUAUCUUAAAUCUGCUUUUCAGCAAAAAGGUGCCUUUUCUAAUUUAUAGCUUUUGAAAGAUUUACACGUAUUUCAAUUUCCGAUACUUUCUCCCAAAUAAAACGUCACAUAAUCAACAUUCCCUUAAUUUCGACAUUAACU